UGUGACUCCAAUCCUUGUCUUCAUGGAGGGACAUGUGUGGAGGAGCUUGGUGGCUAUAAUUGUUCCUGUCAUGGAGGCUAUGUGGGAAUUCACUGUGAGAAGCCUGCAUGUGACUCCAAUCCUUGUCUUCAUGGAGGGACAUGUGUGGAGGAGCUUGGUGGCUAUAAUUGUUCCUGUCAUGGAGGCUAUGUGGGAAUUCACUGUGAGAAGCCUGCAUGUGACUCCAAUCCUUGUCUUCAUGGAGGGACAUGUGUGGAGGAGCUUGGUGGCUAUAAUUGUUCCUGUCAUGGAGGCUAUGUGGGAAUUCACUGUGAGAAGUCUGAAUUCGGGAUCCUACCCUGCAGUAUAA